AUUCAACCAAUCGCAAGGCGUAGUUUCUAAAGUGGGCGUGACAACUACUAGCUUGAGCUAGGUAAUGCUAGAGGAAAAUUGAUCCAGGGAAUUACUAAACGAAACCAAAUCGAUUGAACAAAACAGGGAGAGGACAAUACUUUGUUGCAGGAGGUUUACCUGCAACCAGUUAAAAGACCCAAUGGCUACCGACAUGCCCAUGGACACGGUGCCGGCUCCUCACCCUGCCCCAGCCUCACCCCCUGACUCUGCCCCAGCCUCACCUCCUGCUCUCAGCUCCAGCACAUCCCAAGACCAGAUUCCCACCCAGGAGCCAGCAAUAGCUGAAACCCCAAACACAGCGGUGACCUCAGAACAUGAUGCUGCUCCAGAUCUCACCCUGGCUCAGUCUACAGACCCAGACGCGGCCCCAGGCCUUGUUCCAGGUUCUGAGCUGUCCCCGAUCCCUCUGCUGCCACCAGUCAGUGCCAAGAACCCUAGCUGCAAGAUCAUGACGUUUCGGCCCACCAUGGAGGAGUUCAAAGACUUCGCCAAAUACAUUGUCUACAUGGAGAGUCAAGGAGCUCAUCGUGCUGGCCUGGCAAAGGUGAUUCCUCCAGAGGGCUGGAAGCCGCGGAGGUCCUACGACACCAUCGAGGACAUGGUGAUUCCAGCCCCCAUCACGCAGGUGGUGACCGGACAGUCGGGUCUGUUCACUCAGUACAACAUCCAGAAGAAGUCUAUGACCGUGGGCGAGUACCGCAAGCUGGCUAACAGCAAGAAGUACUGCACACCCCAGCACAAAGACUUUGACGACCUAGAGAGGAAGUACUGGAAGAACCUGACAUUUGUGUCACCCAUUUAUGGUGCAGAUGUCAGUGGCUCCAUCUAUGAUGAGGACAUUCGGGAGUGGAACAUUGGCCAUCUCAACACACUACUGGAUAUGGUGGAGCAGGAGUGUGGCAUCGUCAUCGAGGGUGUCAACACUCCCUACCUGUACUUUGGCAUGUGGAAGACCACAUUUGCCUGGCACACAGAGGACAUGGACCUCUACAGCAUCAACUACCUGCACUUUGGACAGUCGAAGUCCUGGUAUGCCGUCCCACCUGAGCACGGCAAGAGGCUGGAGAGGCUGGCACAAGGCUUCUUCCCUGGCAGCUCCCAAGGCUGUGACGCCUUCCUUCGCCACAAGAUGACACUGAUAUCUCCAUCCAUCCUGAAGAAAUACGGCAUUCCCUUUGACAGGAUAACUCAGAAUGAAGGGGAGUUUAUGAUCACUUUUCCUUAUGGCUACCAUGCUGGCUUCAACCAUGGCUUCAACUGUGCAGAGUCCACAAACUUUGCCACCCUGCGCUGGGUGGACUACGGCAAGAUGGCUACCCAGUGUACCUGUCGUAAAGACAUGGUCAAGAUCUCCAUGGACGUGUUUGUGCGCUGCCUGCAGCCAGAUCGCUACGAGCUGUGGAAGCAGGGCAAAGACACCACAAUGUUGGACCACCUUAGGGCCACUGAGCUCAGCAGCCCCGAACUAGAGACCUGGAGGCAGCAGCGUGUAAACCACCGAGCAAACCUCCUGCGAAGGGCCAUGCAGAAGAUGAAGCAGGUCCGUCGUCUAAAGCUGGAGGAGGUGAAGGUGCUGGCGGAGGAAGGCAUUGAGCUGAAUGCUGCUGAGUACCAGCAUCAGGUGGAGGAGCGCGAGGCUCAGCGGAGGCAGGAGAGAGAGGAGCGUCUAGCCAGAGAGGCCAUGAUGACCCUGGAAGCCAUGGAGCGUGAGGAGCAGGAAGCUGCCGAGGCUGCAGCUAAAGCAGCAGAGACUCCAGCUGUAGAGGCACAAGAACCCAAGGCCAAACCACAGAACUUGACAGAGGACAUUGAGAAAAAGAAGCAGAAAAAGCCGAAGAAGAUGUCAAACAUCCGCAACGCCAUGACUGGGUUUGAGCAAGCAUUUGAGCAGUUUGCUACAUCUGGCAUCAAGAAUUCCAAACAAGCCAUGGUCAGUCAUCCAGAAGUGGGGAAACCGCUUAACCCAAGACAGAGUGACAUCCCAGCAGACAACAAGCUGGAUGUGAGCGCCACCCAGGCAUGCUACUCCAAGAUGAAGAUGCCAACAGAGGUAAAAAAGAGUCGCCGCCACCCCCUCAGCAAGCCACCCAUGCGCUCCCCUCUGUCCAUCGUCAAGCAAGAACCGACCAGUGACAAAGAGCUGUCCUCCCCCAUGCCACUGGACAGCAACAUGAAGAAACAAGAGCACCUUUGGCAGAAUCACUCACCCAACUUCCUGGCAGAGAAGGCCUUUAAUGCUGCAGUGGCAGCACUCCAACCACACUGCUCUAUCUGUUCACUCUUCUGUCCCUACACAAAGCCACACAAAGAUGUCUUUAUUGCGAAUGACACCCAUCGCGCCUCCUUUCCCCGUCAUGGCAGUCUGACUCGUCCACUGGUCCCAGAGAUGUGCUUCAGCGCAGGCAAUACUGAGCCUUCACCCACCAACUAUCACAUUGGAGAGGAUGGAACCAGUCUUCUGCUCUGCUGUUCAUCUUGCCACAUGCAGGUUCAUGCCAGUUGCUAUGGUGUAAAGCCAGACUCUGUCAGUGAGUCCUGGAUGUGCUCCAGGUGUGAAGCAGGAGCCUGGACAGUGGAGUGUUGCCUCUGUAACCUGCGUGGAGGAGCUUUGAAGACUACCACAGACAACCGGUGGGUCCAUGUCAUCUGUGCCAUUGCUGUGGCUGAAGCUCGCUUCGUCAAAGCCAUUGAGAGAGAGCCAGUGGAUGUCAGUGCUGUUCCAGAAACGCGCAAGAAUCUGAAGUGUGUGUUCUGCCACGGCAAGAAUGCCAAUCAGAACCGCGGCGCCUGUAUCCAGUGCUCAUAUGAGAACUGUGCCACCUCCUUCCACGUCACCUGUGCCCAAAUUGCCGGAGUAGUCAUGAAGCCAGCCGACUGGCCCUAUGUGGUGUCCGUCACCUGCCACAGGCAUAAAAGGGCCACUCCAAAGCCUCGGACAGCACCCAAAGGCCCACAGAGUCUGAACCUGGGCCAGAGGGUGAUUGGUCGCAACAGUGACGGUUGGUACUACCACUGUACCAUCAUCGGCAUGGCAACGCAGAAUUUCUACGAGGUCAACUUUGAUGACGGCUCAUAUUGUGACAACCUUCACCCAGAAAACAUAUUAAGUCAUGACUGCCUGCGUACCGGUCCUCCUGAGGUGGGGGAGUUGCUUGUGGUCCAUACGCCCGAGGGUCAGGUCCUCAGCGCUUCCUUUGUUAGACAGCACACUCAAAAGCUCUACCAGGUUGAGUUUCAGGAGCAGAGUCAGCUGAUGCUAAAACACUCAGAGAUCCAUCAGCUGGACCAGGAACUGCCCAAGAGGGUCAGAGCCAGACUGGCCAUACCUGCUGCAAAGGAGGAGGUAUCCUCAGCAGACGAAGUCCAAGCAGCCAAACGGCGCCGCCUGCCUUCAGGCUCAGCCCUGCCUGCUGAAACCCCCAUGGAGACAACCGAUAAGCCCGCCUGCCUCCUAACUACAGGCCCGGUAGCAGCACCAGCAGCAAAACAUCACAGUAUUAGUACACCGCUGACCUCACAACCUCUGUCCCAGGCCACCACGACCCCACAGGAUGCCCCCACCCCAACCAGUGGUAUUCAGAUGGACACUGAGACCCCAAUGGACACGAGCGCCACCCUCACUGAUAUUCUAACGGAGUCAACCCUGGCCUCAGACCCCACGCUGACUCCACAAUCGACCCCUUUUCAGUCGAGGUUGAACUCUGACCCCCUCCUGUCCGCCUCGUCCCUCCCCCGCCGCCCCAGCACAUGUCUGACAGCUACAUGCCGAGCAGCGGCUACGUUUCCUACAUGGAGACCCUCCUCCAUUCACAUUUCCCUCAGGACGAUGGCCCCGGACCCCUGUAUUAAAAACCAUCUCCACUAUAUUAUUACUCAGCCAGUGGAGGCUGAGCCAAUAGGAAGUAAGCUAAUGGAGGUGGAUUCUACUGAGUGCUGUAUUAAUGGACAAAAACAUUUCCUCCACCAGCUGUGAGAGCUCAGGGCGGGCGCAGGAAAAGACACAGAUACUCGAGCACUCUUUUAAUGCAUGUUACUUUUCUAUUUUUGAGUUAAUGUAUUUGCAGUGGUGUUUUAGUCUGCUCUGAAGCAGCAGCUAAAAAGGACAAGGCUUUUUUAUUUUUAAAAUUAUUAUUAUUAUUUGUUGUUUUUUAGGCCUUUUUGCUCUUUUCUGUUUUUGGUCAGCUGCUGUGCUUUUCUCCUCAUCUUAAUAUAAAUACAUCUCUGGGUGGUAUCAACUCCAUACCUCGUUGCAUUAAUUCAAUGACAGCACACUCCCAUUUUCUUUGUACAGGAAACUAAUUAUUAUGACUGCCUCUCAGCAUUGAGGCUCCGGUGGACUUCACUUCUUUUUUCUUUUUUAAAUCAAAUAACCAGCAACAAAAUAUCUAUUUUUCAAUCCAGCCACUCUUGGCUUUGAAACUGGUGGAACUAAAGUAAUAAUGUCACAUUGUCCAUCUACAGGAUAUUUUCAUUAAGGUGUUUAUUGUCAGUUUGCAAGAGGUAAACGGGGGAAUGGGGUGAAAAAAAAGUAUUGUAGGGGGAAUCCAGUAUUUAAAUGUCUUAGUCAAAUAUUGAAAUAAUUAUUUGUAAUAGAGGAAACCUGUUGAAUGCAAACACUAGUAGAUUUGUCUGCAGGAUGCAUUGAAUUUUUGUGAAGAUGUGUCACAGUAGUUAACAGAUGAGACCUUUUAUGUAUUGACGUCAUUCAAACGGUCAUUUGGCGGCUCCAUUUUUCACACCCAUAACUGUCUCAGGGUUCCUACAUGUGGAAAAUAAAUUCAGUUUUAACAUCCAAGUCUUCACACCGUUAAGGAAGUACAGAACAGCCCAGAAAACUGCCUCAAAAUAAUCCUCAGUCAUAAUUGGCACAUGAAUAUCCGUUGCUUAUAUUGUAAUAUUUGCUCCUGUUAACAGUUUGUCUGCUACAUUGAGUGAUAUUUGUAUACUUUCAUAUUUCUUCUAUUGGCACAUGAGCUGGCCAAAGCUAUGAAGUCUGAAAGUCUCUUAAAAGGAUGAAAGUCUGGAAAAUGUCUAUUUGGAAAAAGGAAAAUAUGUAGGAACCCUAAAAUCUGGAAAUAUUUUGUACCAUCCUUGGUUUAAAGUAUGUAUAAAUCAAUAUUGUAUAUUAAUAAUGUCUGUUUUUUCUAUUACUGUAUCCUUUCUAUGUUAAUUUUCUGAAGUGAACUCACAAACUUGGCCAAUCUAAAAUAUUAAUACCUUUUUAUUUUUGACAGAUUUUCACAGGUAUAUUACUCAGUUUGUACUGGUAAAUGCAUCUUUCUUUUUCUGGAUAUGGCCAUUUUGUGCUUCAAAAGGUGCUACAGAGACAUAAAAACUACUGAUGGACUGAGUUUCCCAACACUGUCACCUUGUACAUACCGCAGGCCUGGUGUAUUGUGAAUCAAAUUUGUAAAUGUUACACACGUACCUUUCUUUUCCUUUUUUUUUUCCCCUGUCAUCACAACUGAAAUGUUGGAACACACCUACGUUCCUAUAUCCAUGAUAUGAUAAAGAAAAUCUUGUUUCUUAGGGAUUAAAGUGGGUUGCUAGUCGCCA